CUUCGCCCGAGACUGGUUCACGCACACUAUUUCUGUUUGCCUCGCGCAAUCGUACGUUCGUGUCAUGCCGAAGGGACGGUCCUACGGUUUCCAUUGCCAGCCGGCAUAACGCCCUGCACGGAAAAGAGAUAGUAGUCAGCGACGUGUUGCUGAUGCCACUGCCGUUACUCCCUGGCGGCUCCAUCGGGGCCGCCACGUGCGAUUGAGGGUGUGCGUUUGCUGCAACGCUUACGCACACCGUCACACAUUUGUUUACUAGCUCCGUCAUCAUUCUCACCCUUCCACCCUCUAAGCGCGCCCUUGCUCCAACCCCCUUCUCUGUGGACGCGUUGGACACGUUUAUGUCCCUCAUACAUGGCCAGCUUCGGGGGGACUGGAGCAUCGAGUGCUUCUGUGUGCGUUACAUCUUUGGAAGCAUUUCGGAUCGGCAAUGUCGUUGUGCAUUCGAUCGCUGAUCGCGACGAACCACACUGUUUACGAUCGUCACUCUAUUUUUGCGUUUAAUCCAGCGAAUGUGAAGUCAUCGCUGGACUACGCGGCUCUGGGGACAGACGUGCUUCCCAAGCAUGUCCCCUUCUGCAAUUCUUUGCUGUUAAAGAUGAGCAGCAUUUUAAAAGUGUUAAUUUGGAUAUUUCUUUUGGCUGCAGUACGCUUUUAUCGGUCAAGGUUGUAAUUGUUGCUAACAAGCUGAAGCAGAAACGAUGCUCGUCCAUUCGGUGAACCGUGAGUAGUGUGUCUGCGUGUCAUCAUAGUGUUCCCAAGUGCCGUGUUUGUACGCCCGGGUGCGCUGCCUCGGGGGUGUAGGAGAUCGUCUUCGCGAGGAGCUGCUUCCGUAAGCCGAUCCCACCCAUCGACCCCAGUCACCCAGUCCAGUCGGUUUGUGAGUCAUGGAGCGUAUAUUGCGAGGCGUUAUGCGUUACCGGCAUACGACCCGCGAGCAAAUGGUGCAGGAAUUUCGGAAAGUUCGUGACAAUCCGCAGCCUAAAGCCGUGUUUUUCACCUGCAUGGACAGUCGCAUGAUCCCGACCCGGUUUACCGAGACGCACGUCGGCGACAUGUUUGUCGUGCGUAAUGCCGGCAAUCUGGUACCGCACGCAGAGCACUUCCAGGACGAGUACUUUAGCUGCGAACCGGCCGCCCUAGAGUUGGGCUGUGUCGUGAACAACAUCAAGCACAUCAUCGUCUGCGGGCACAGCGAUUGUAAAGCGAUGAACUUGCUGUACAAGCUGAAAGAUCCCGAGUUUGCCUCGUUGGACAACCGGCGCAUAUCGCCGCUGCGGGCGUGGCUGUGCGAGCACGCCAACACGAGCCUUGCCAAGUUUCAAAACCUCAAAGAAAUCGGGCUCGAUAAGCCGCUCAUCUUCUCGUCCGAAACGCCGCUCCGCAAGUUCGUCGCGUACAUCGAUCCGGAGAACAACUUUGCGAUCGAGGACAAGCUGUCCCAGGUGAACACGCUGCAGCAGAUCGAGAACGUGGCGUCGUACGGGUUUCUCAAGCGCCGGCUCGAAUCGCACGAUCUGCACAUCCAUGCGCUCUGGUUCGAUAUCUACACGGGCGACAUCUACUUCUUUAGCCGCAACUCGAAACGGUUCAUUGCGAUCGACGAAAGCUCGAUCGACCGAUUGCUGGACGAGGUACGGCGAUACUAUUCGUGAUGCACCGUGUUUUUUUUAAGGGGGGGUAUAGCUUUAGCUGAGCAAUACGGGUUGAAAGUAGCGGGAGGGAAAUGCUUUCUAGAUUGCUAUCGGGUGCAAAUGAACGGGUUUGCAAAGCUGCGUAGUUAGUGUAUUGUGAUUGUAAAUCAAAAGUGAACGUUAUGUUAGUUUCUGUGUGUAGUAGAAUCAGAUGAUUGUGCAAUGUCGCUGUAUAGAGUCGCUUCUUUUGUAUAAUGUUUCGCAAUAAACAUGGUACAUGUUUCGCGGGGCUCGAA